AUGUCCGGGUUGUCAGUCAUGCCGCGAAUACUGCGCUGUUUGAAUGUUUCCAGGAUAUCUGCGCUGCUCCUUCGCAGUUGCUUUCUGUACGGAACUGUCUUUGGAGUGAUCACCUUUCGAGUUGAGCGACAGGAUGCCCAGUUGGUGGCCAUCAAUCGGAGGAGUUACCUGUGGAUCUGCCUGGUUAUUAGAGUUUUGGCGUGCUGCUUUUAUGGCUAUAGCUAUGAUCUAUGGUCUGCCCAAUACGAGGACAUGUAUCUACGGGCUUUCUUUGGCGUUCGAUUGAUCGGCUGUCUGAUCUGCAGUGGCAUUAUCCUGGUGAUGCAGUUUUGGUUCGGCAAGGAGCUGCUCACUCUGGUCAACCGUUUUCUUAAGCUUUUUCGGCGCAUGCGAACUUUGACAAAUUCGGAGAAGAAUCGAUUCGGUGAUAGGGCUGAAUUUCUUUUGAUGUUAUUUAAGGUACUUUCCUUACUUUUCGUAUUCAUGGCCUUUCGAUUAAUGGCCUCACCCUGGUUGCUGCUCACUUUGCUGAGUGAUUUCUACAUCUCUGUGAGCACGGGCAUGAUAAUACACUUGUGUUUUGUUGGCUAUCUCAGCAUUGGUGUCCUCUACAAGGACUUGAACAAUUACGUUGACUGCCAACUGAGGGCCCAAUUAAGAUCACUGAAUGGGCAGCAUAAUUCAUUGAAUUCGCAACCCACUCGAGUAGCUCUCUUGAAUUUAGACAAGUGUUUGUAUCUCUAUGAGGAGAUCCAUCAGGUGUCACGCACUUUCCAGCGACUGUUCGAUGUACCACUUUUUCUCAGCCUUGUACAAAGUCUGUUGGCCAUGUCCAUGGUUUCCUAUCAUGCCAUCCUGCGCAGCCAAUACAGUUUCAAUCUCUGGGGCUUGGUGAUCAAACUGCUCAUAGAUGUGGUGCUGCUGACCAUGUCCGUUCAUUCAGCGGUCAGUGGUUCGCGAUUGAUAAGGCGUUUGAGCUUCGAGAACUACUAUGUAACUGAGUGCCAGAGCUACCACCGAAAGUUGGAGCUCUUCCUGGGCCGCCUGCACCACCAGGAGCUGCGCGUGUUUCCUUUGGGCCUCUUUGAGGUCUCCAACGAACUGACCCUGUUCUUCCUGUCGGCCAUGGUGACCUAUCUGGUCUUUCUGGUACAGUACGGCAUGCAGUCGCAGCGAAUUUGA